AUGGUGAGGAAAAAUGGCAGGGGUGUACAAGGAGGCGGAAGAAGGGAGGAAAAUGGGAGCGGGAGCGGCGGGAACGGCGACGGCGAGGCGGCGCGGCUCGCUGAUGUCCCCAUCAUUCCUCCUCUGCGGCGCCGACCGGCCGGCCCCAUCUCCCUCCGCCUGAGAAAGAGGGUUCUCCCCGCCACCACGACCUCAUCCUCCGGGCUUUCGCCGAGAUCUGGGACGAGGUCUUCUCCGGCUACGAGGACACCCCCGAUCUCCUCCGCCGUACCUACUCCUGCUUCUCCCAACCUCGGCACUUCUAAUAAUCAUACAAUGGGGAAGGCAGCCAUUGGAAAGCCAACUGAGCAACAGGAACAGAAACAAUAAAGAUCAGCACAUACAGUGUAUUCUUCAGUGGAUGAAAGGAGUGAUACUUGCCCUACUUGUAAACAGGUAUACAUUGUUCCCGCACUUAUGUGAUUACUGAUAUGUUUCUUCUGUUUCAUUAGGUAAUGAUUUUUGAGAAAAUCAUUUAGAAAGAUUUAUACUUGCUAAUUUGCUUUAAAAAGAUUUAUAGCAUUAACAAGAACACUAGCACACAGGUCAAUACGAAGGAGAAGGCGAAACAUUAAUAAAAUCUUUCAUUCCUUUUAGCAUCUAUAACAUCUGUUUCCAACCCUUCUUUCUGAGAAAUAAAAGCUCUUAUGCAAGAAUGAGCUGUGAUUCAGAGUUGUAUGAAUUGUUAACAUAUCAUUAGUAAACAAUGGGUAGUGUAUCGAGCAGCUCAGCAUCAGAAACAAUCUUACCAAAGAAUUGGUGAGCACCGCAAUCAAUAUUUAGAUUUUAUUUAUUAUUUAACUAAUAUUGCUUCUUUUUGUGUA